GUUAUGGGCCCAGUGCUAUAAUAUUCACCGCACAUCUAUUAUUUCAAGAACAUUCCUGUUGCUUGCCAAGACCAGCAUGUCAGUUUUCACUGCGAAGGAUGUUGCCCACGGAGCUCGAAGGAUGUUGCUCAACGGAGCCAACUUCCAAGUAUGGAAGUUCCAGACAUGCCUGAUGCUUCGCAAUCACAGCUUGAUGGAUCUAGUAAUUGGAACAGAAGCUAAACCAGAUCCAAUCGUGGCUUCAGGCGUCACCACCAAUCAAGCAGCAAUCACCAGUUGGAAGCAAAAGGACAACACAGCACAGUUACUGAUUUCAUCCACCAUCUGCUCUGACCAACAACGUUCCCUCAUUACCUGUACAUCAGCCACAGAAAUGUGGAAACGAGUCAUCAGUCAGUUCGAACAAUCUGCUGCAGAAAACAAAAUGUUUCUUCUUCAACAGUUCCUGAACUACCAGUAUAAGGAAGGUCACGAUAUCUCCAGUCACGUCACGGCCAUUGAAUUAAUGGCCAGCCAACUACAAGAUGUCGGAUCUCCAGUUUCGGACGACCAGGUCAUCACCAAAAUUGCUUCAACUCUUCCUCCCUCUUACCGACACGAGACUAGUGUGCCGCAAAUCCCUCAGCAGAAUGGAGUAGCGGAAAGGCAGAUGCGGACUAUAGUAGAGAUGGCCAGAAGCAUGCUACAUGGAGCAAAUCUUUCAACUGAGCUCUGGGCGGAGGCAUCAAACGCAGCAGUUUAUAUUCUUAACGGUAUCAUAUUCAUGGAAACUUCUAAAAACAGCGUACCCAUCAAAAUUGUAAGAGCGGAAAUCCACACGCAAGGUGAUCAGAUUCCUUUAGAUUGUCCUAAAUUGACCCCUAGUACCACAACAAUCACUUGUCCGGCGGUUAAUCAGUCACAGUAA